GUAUCAUGGAUCCUAAUAUUGUGGGACAGGAGCAUUACGAUGUGGCCCGUGGGGUGCAAAAGAUCUUGCAGGACUACAAAUCCCUCCAAGACAUUAUCGCUAUUUUGGGUAUGGAUGAAUUGUCUGAAGAGGAUAAGCUGACAGUGGCACGUGCCCGUAAGAUCCAGAGAUUUUUGUCCCAGCCCUUCCAGGUGGCUGAGGUUUUUACUGGCCAUGCAGGCAAGCUGGUGCCUCUGAAAGAAACAAUCAAAGGAUUCCAACAGAUUCUGAUAGGAGAAUAUGACCACCUCCCAGAACAGGCUUUCUAUAUGGUGGGGCCCAUUGAGGAAGCUGUGGCCAAGGCUGAAAAGUUAGCAGAAGAACACUCAUGAGUUUAUUGCCUUUGAGGCAAAUCCUGUAUGCUUUCAAAUGUCCAGUGGUUCACUUUGUCCCACCUCACAGUUCUUGAAACUCUUGGAAAUUUCUUGAAAAUAUUUAAGUUUCCAAUAAACCGUCUGGUGCAAUUAUA